GGGACGGACCGAACGAACAAACUCUAUACCUAAUCGCUCGUGACGCUCGUGUCUGUCCAAAUGUCCGUCCUCGAUUAACGUCGGUGGUGAAAUUUUUUUCUUCAUUAUGUGAUUCGUGCUACUCUUCUUGUAAUUCGUGUUGGAUCUAUAUCUAAGUUUUCACGUGUAGGAAAAGUUUCAACUGACGCAGAAAGGUCUGCAGUUUUGGGAUACAUGCUCUUGGAUCAGUGCGACCAAAAUUUGGUUGACAGAAGAUGUACCAUUGAUGAGAGAUGAUCCAUCAGAUGAGGUCGAACAGAGAUCAUGCUGGACAAGUGGGGAAGCUGAUAUGAUGUCCUGAUGGCAGAUGUUAAAUUGGGGAACUGGUCCUCCUCUUCUUUGAUUUUUUGCCAUAUCCCAGAUUCGCAAAUCUGAGACUCAGUGACAGUGGAGUGCCGUGAGAGGUGCGGUGUGUGUUCAGUUUCGCGACAUUGUCGCGGAAAAAGAGCGCGGACUUUUGAUACUAAAGACAGUGGAAAUGUCAGCUUACGCCCAUUUCGGAUACUCGUCGUAUACGACGGCCUCCCAGCUUCUGGUGAGCGGAGGCCAACCAACUACGGCGACGUCGCCGGCGAUGUCGUCUGGAGGGGCCCUAAGUCCUGGGGCCCUGUCGCCUUCAUCGACCGCGACAACGACUGGUGCUGCGCCAGGGGCGGCUUCUGGAGGUGCCAGCACCCCUGUGGGCGGUGCGACAGGCCCCGGGGCCGGAUGUUGUGACAACGGAAGGCCCAUGAUGGUGGACCAAAUUACGGGCCAUACAGUGUGUUCCUGUCAAUAUGAUAGUGCUGCGAGGUUAGCGCUCGGUGCCUAUCCUAGGCUGGGACAUUCCGCUUCCUCGUAUUCUACCUACCCCACCCCAACGCCUUCCAGCACCGACCAGGGGCCCUACCCGAGUAUCGGGAUGGACGGAUCUGCGUUCUAUUCACCUUUGGGAAAUCCGUACGGACUGAAGGACGCGACGGGGAUGGGGAUGACGGCGGAUAUGGGAGCCGCAUGGGGUACUGCUGCUCUCCAACCUGCUGCCCCCGGAUAUACAUACUACGAUCCAACACUCGCUGCCUAUGGAUAUGGUGCGAGCUACGAUAUGGCAGCGCGAAGAAAAAACGCGACAAGGGAGUCAACCGCAACCCUGAAAGCGUGGCUGAAUGAGCACAAGAAAAAUCCCUACCCUACCAAGGGUGAGAAAAUUAUGUUAGCAAUCAUUACGAAAAUGACCUUGACGCAAGUUUCGACCUGGUUCGCCAAUGCGAGGAGACGUUUGAAGAAAGAGAAUAAGAUGACUUGGGAACCAAAAAACAAAACUGAUGAUGAUGAUGAUGCGGUUUUAUCCGAUUCGGAGGACGCUAAGGAAAUGAAAGAAGAAAUGGGGGACAGUAGGAGCGACAGGGUGGGCGAUGAUGCCAGAAGAGGUUUGGAUGACAGUGAAUCAAUGAGGCACGUAAAGCCAGAGCACUUCAAAGCAGAGCACUUGAAGGACGAGAAGGAUCUUGAUGAUGAUGAUGAUCUAGACCUGGAAGAUGAUCUUCGCAGAGGAGAGAUUCCUUUUCAUCAUGCAAUGCAUCACCACCAUCAUCAGGGCUACGGUAGCGACGAUCAUUUCAAAGAAGAAGGGAUUAAGACUGAAUGCGGCGCCGGUGGCGUCCCCAUUCCAGCCACCAAGCCAAAGAUUUGGUCUUUAGCUGACACAGCGGCUUGUAAAACACCUCCUCCGCCUUCUCACCCUCAUCAUCAACAAUAUCACUUACACCAUCAGCAGCAGCAUUACAGUCAACAACAGCAUCACUUAGCCAACCAAUCUCACCACCAUUCCCAGCAGCCCUGGCUUGGUUCUGGUGGUGCGGGAGGUACUGCUGGUGGUGGAAGUCUUUCUUCUUUUGCACUACCUUCAUCAGCUUCAAUGAGUCCAUCCUCCGCAGCGACGGCACCUUACUCCAGCGCAUCUGCAAGAUACGGCGGAUUUUUGUCGUCUUCCUCUGGAGGGCAGCUUCACUACAAUCCUAACUCUUCCUCGGGUUCAACGUCCAGUGCCUCCUCAUCAGCAGCGGCGGGGUUUCCCGAAGUUGGUACGGAUACGCCACCCCAAACACCUCCCAACAUGAAGGUGGCUACUCCGAACGGAGUGAUCCAGGGCCCUCCAACCGGGUACUGCCCUGGUGGCACCAACAACAACACCAGUAAUGGUAAUCUUAAUCAUUACGGAUCCAACCACAACGGAGGAUACCUAUCCACGAGUUCGGGUUCUGCCAGUAGUGCUUCGUCUUUCAGUUCUCGACUUCAGAACUCCCCGCACAAGGAAUUCUCACCUUCCUCGCAGAAUUCGAUACUUCAUCAGCAUCACACGACAGCUAGCCUCCCACCUACGGAAGCCACCACGGCGUUCAAGCCUUUUUAUAAAGGGUCACAAACCAUGGGAAGUGGGUUCGUGUCUCCCGUUUAAGGAUAUGAAUGAGCACCGACGGAGGACCACCACGUCUCUCAAGAUUAACCACAAGAAGAGACGAUGGAUGAUGUCCUGCCGGAUUCUAUAUGCAUACGCAAACAUGGACACACGUUCCCGCGCGCCACGAGAUUCUGGGAUUUUAAGCUGUGCCUCUUGAGGAGAGAAAAAACUGCAUUUCUCUGAGAACAGCUAAAAAGAAAGGAGUGAAUGCGAGUCAAGGAGAUAGAAAAAGAAGGAAGGGAAUAGAGAGAGAGAGAGAAAGAAAGAAAAACUAGAAAGAGAGGGGAGCAAAAGAAAAGGGUGUCGUGAAGGUGCGAAUAGGAAAGAUCUAUUGGUUUAAAGAAUUAGGGGAAUCACUCUAAAGUCUAACUCGUGCAGAAAUUUUGACAGUAGGGGAAACAGCUGAAAAUCAAAAUUGGCGACAAAUUCAAAUAAAGACUCAAAUUUCUGCACUGGUUCUACUAAAAGAAAAAAAAUAAUCCUUAAGUCAUCAAGAUUUAAAAUCUUCGAAUCACCCAGUGAAAUUGGUAGUGAGGGAUGCUUAUUUUAUCAGAAAUAUUGAUUCUUAUUUUUAAAUAAACCACGGGCAAUGUGCAAAUGGCACCGUACAAGGGCAAUAGUAAUUGUUGUUAUUAUUAUGAUUAUUAUCCAAAGGCGGCGCAGCCGCUGAGAUUUUAAAUAAAGGCUAUUAUUUUAUUAUAUAUAUAUAUUAUUAUUGUACUACUCUAUUAACUAUCAAGUCACAAGAUAUGAGAAGCGUACACGCUUUAACAAAAAAAUUUGAUCUUUCGACCACCCCGCGAAUGGCAUCAGUAAUAAAAAUAAGCUUCCUGUUGUAAGGUAGUAGAGAAAUAAUUAAUAAAAAACAGACACCAUAGGUAUUACAAUUAUCCUUAAAUAUCGCUAAUUGAUUAAUUAUCGCAGUGAAAUAUUAACUAUGAAUAAUUUAGGUGAGUAGAAUCGUCAUCGUAGGUCCGUUGCAAAAAAUGUGACAUUGGCGAGGGUGGCUUGGGCGAGGUGAGAGUGUACGCUGCGUGUAUAUUAUUAUAAAUAUAUAAAUAAUGCGAUUAGUUCUAUGACAGAUCGUGGACGACUAAGGAGAUGUGAAUAUAUAAAUAAGAGCAUUAUAGGGCGAGAAAAUCUGCAAUUCGCAUGAACGCCAAGCACUCUGGUGUCGAAACCAAUUACCUUAACAAGUGUACGUUCGCCGAGUUGAAAACGAGGGGACGUCCCUUCUUGAUUUUGUUAUUGGGCCUGUACAGUCCAACACGAAAAUUCGUCCUUCGAUCAUUUAUUUCCAAUAAAAAGCCAAGUGCAGGAUUUUUAGGUUUUAGGGUACUUUUAACAAUUUUAAGGCAUUUUCAGGAUUUUUUAAUGUGAAGUUUUC